UCAUUUUGCAGCAUUUUCAGUCUCGCUAAGUGUUUGAACCGCAUUGGAUAUUAUUCAAGUGAAAGAAUUCAAAUAAAAGUUUUAAAGAUGAAGUUUUUAAUUAUUUUGGCAUUAUUUGCUGCCAUUGUGUGCGCCCUUCCUGUUGAGGAAGUUGGACAAAAUCAAGAAAUUGAAGAAAAUCCAUUAAGCAUUGUGAAUUUAGAAGGUGACAGUGCUGAUUAUGAUAAUAGUGAAGUUUUACGUCAAAAACGUCAUCGUGGUUAUGGAGGAUAUGGAGGGUACGGUGGUGGAUAUGGAGGAUAUGGAGGUGGAUAUGGAGGAUAUGGCGGAGGAUAUGGAGGAUAUGGAGGAGGUUAUGGUGGAUAUGGUGGUUAUGGAGGACACCGAGGUCAUGGUCAUUGGGGAAAAUAAGCAUCUUCAACAGUCUCGUAUUAAGACAUUGUAAAUCAUUGAAUUUGUCAUUCACCAUUAAAUAAAAAUAAAUACCUAAUAAAAACCUGUUGAUCUUCUAUUUUUUUUU